CUGUUCCAGAUGAUGGCUCUGCUGAUGAAGAAGCAAUGGACUUGGUCCAGAGAUCUGCUUCUUGUCAUUCUGGCUGGUCUCAGUACAACGGUAACUGCUACCACUAUGUUUCCAUGCCCAUGGAUUGGGCUUCAGCUGAGAGGCACUGCAUGUCCAUGGGGGGACACCUGGCAUCAGUUCAUAACUCAAAGGAGUACCAUCAGAUUCAGCAUGUGAUAAGAGAAGCAAGUUAUGGGUCCAACAGAGCAUGGAUUGGAGCCAGCAAUGCACAGAAGUCAAGCAUUUGGUUUUGGAGCGAUGGAAGCCAAUUCCACUACACAAACUGGUGUCCAGGAGAGCCUAACAAUUCGCUAGGCAACCAGCACUGUGUGCAGAUGAACUUUUCAGCUUCAAAGUGCUGGGAUGACGUAGGAUGUUGGUAUGGUCGCCCAUCUGUCUGUGCCAAAAAAGUCUGAGCAGUCCGAGAGGACUUGAACCAGAACCGGUGGAGGAUGCUAUAUUGUCUUUCAGUUAAUCUGCCACAAAGAAAUCCUGUUUUCUAAAAGCUUCUUCAUAUAAUUACUUAUAAAACAAAAGGUAGACUCGAGCAGAGUGAAUGUUUUAUAAAUGAUUAUUUGAGUAAAACCUUUUUCUUUUCUUUAGCCUUGCAUUAAAUAAACUUUUGAA